AUGACGUGUCCACAUCAUCUGAUUGGAGGGAAUCUGAUCAUAGGGUGCACAGUGGACCCCCAGCGCGUCCACCAGGUGCAGCUGAAACGGCUGCGCACCUUCAAGGAUGCGUGUUUCGGGGUGCUGACCAACCUCUCUUUCCCACAGAGCUCCAGGACGGCGCGCUCCGAGGAGGACCGAGACGGCCAGUGGGACGCCUGGGGCCCGUGGAGCGAGUGCUCGCGCACCUGCGGUGGAGGCGCCUCCUACUCCCUGAGACGCUGCCUCAGCAACAAGAGCUGUGAAGGAAGAAAUAUCCGCUACAGAACAUGCAGCAAUGUGGACUGCCCACCAGAAGCCGGUGACUUCCGAGCUCAGCAAUGCUCCGCUCACAAUGAUGUCAAGCACCAUGGCCAGUAUUACGAAUGGCUUCCUGUGUCCAAUGACCCGGACAACCCGUGUUCACUCAAGUGCCAGGCCAAAGGCACGACCUUGGUGGUUGAACUCGCACCUAAAGUCUUAGACGGCACCCGGUGUUACACAGAGUCCCUGGAUAUGUGUAUCAGUGGCUUGUGCCAAAUUGUUGGCUGUGAUCACCAGCUGGGAAGCACCGUCAAGGAAGAUACCUGCGGGGUCUGCCAUGGAGACGGGUCCACCUGCCGGCUGGUCCGAGGACAGUAUAAAUCCCAACUAUCUGCCACCAAAUUAGAUGACACUGUGGUGGCCAUUCCCUAUGGAAGUAGACAUAUCCGGCUUGUUCUGAAAGGACCUGAUCACUUGUAUCUGGAAACCAAAACCCUGCAGGGAGUCAAAGGUGAAAGCAGUCUCAGCGCUACAGGCACCUUUUUGGUGGACAAUUCUAGUGUGGACUUCCAGAAAUUUCCAGACAAAGAGAUACUGAGAAUGGCUGGACCACUCACAGCAGACUUUAUUGUCAAGAUCCGUAACUCGGGGCCCGCAGACAGUACAGUCCAGUUCAUCUUCUACCAGCCUAUCAUCCACCGAUGGAGGGAGACGGAUUUCUUUCCUUGCUCAGCCACCUGUGGAGGAGGGUACCAGCUGACUUCCGCCGAGUGUUACGAUCUUCGCAGCAACCGCAUGGUGGCCGAUCAGUACUGUCACUAUUACCCAGAGAACGUGAAGCCCAAGCCCCAGCUUCAGGAGUGCAACUUGGAUCCUUGUCCCGCCAGUGACGGAUACAAGCAGAUCAUGCCUUAUGACCUCUACCAUCCCCUUCCUCGGUGGGAGGCCACCCCGUGGACUGCGUGCUCCUCCUCGUGUGGGGGAGGCAUCCAGAGCCGGGCAGUGUCCUGUGUGGAGGAAGACAUCCAGGGGCACGUCACUUCAGUGGAAGAGUGGAAAUGCAUGUACACCCCUAAGAUGCCCAUCGUGCAGCCCUGCAACAUUUUUGACUGCCCUAAAUGGCUGGCACAAGAGUGGUCUCCGUGCACGGUGACGUGCGGCCAGGGCCUCAGGUACCGUGUGGUUCUCUGCAUGGACCACCGAGGGACACAUGCAGGAGGCUGCAGCCCGAAAGCAAAGCCCCACAUCAAAGAGGAAUGUGUCAUCCCCACGCCCUGCUACAAGCCCAAAGAGAAGCUUCCGGUAGAGGCCAAGCUGCCAUGGUACAAACAAGCCCAAGAACUCGAAGAAGGAGCUGUGGUGUCUGAAGAGCCAUCGUUCAUCCCAGAGGCCUGGUCGGCCUGCACAGUGACCUGUGGCGUGGGCACCCAGGUGCGAACGGUCAGGUGCCAGGUGCUCCUGUCUUUCUCUCAGUCCGUGGCGGACCUGCCCGUGGACGAAUGUGAUGGGCCCAGGCCGGCAUCCCAGCGUACGUGCUACGCAGGCCCCUGCGGCGGGGACACCCCUGCGCUGCACCCGGAGGAGCCGGACGGGCUCUUCGGUGGCCUGCAGGACUUAGAGGACUUAUACGACUGGGAGUACGAGGGCCUCACCAAGUGCUCCGAGCCAUGCGGAGGAGGUGUCCAGGAGGCUGUAGUGAGCUGCCUGAACAGACAGAGUCGGGAGCCUGCUGAUGAGAGCUUGUGCGUGACCAGCCGGCGGCCCCCACAGCUCCGGAGAUCCUGCAACGUGGAGCCCUGCCCGGCGAGGUGGGAAGUUGGCAAGUGGAGUCCCUGUGGCCUCACCUGUGGGGUUGGCCUGCAAACCAGAGACGUCCACUGCUCUCACCUGCUCUCCAGGGAGAUGAAUGAGACAGUGACCCUGGCUGACGAGCUGUGUCCCCAGCCCAAGCCCAGCACGGUGCAAGCCUGUAACCGAUUCAAUUGCCCUCCAGCCUGGUACUCUGCACAAUGGCAGCUGUGUUCCAGGACGUGUGGAGGAGGUAUUCAGAAACGCGAGGUUCUGUGCAAGCAACGCCUGGCUGAUGGCAGCUUCUUGGAACUUCCUGAGACCUUCUGCCCCACGCCGAAGCUGGACACCCAGCAGGCCUGCAGGAAAGACGACUGCCCCAGUGAGUGGCUUCUCUCCGACUGGACAGCGUGUUCCACAAGCUGUGGCGAGGGUACUCAGACUCGCAGCGCCAUUUGCCGGAGAGUGCUGAAAACCGGGGUCUCCACUGUGGUCAACUCCACCCUGUGCCCGCCCCUGCCUUUCUCAUCCUCGAUCAGGCCCUGUAUGCUGGCAACGUGUGCAAGGCCUGGACGGCCGUCCACCAAGCACAGCCCGUACAUCGCUGCCGUGCGCAAGAUCUACAUCCAGACCCGCCGCCAGAGGAAGCUGCACCUGGUGGUGGGCGGGUUCGCGUACCUGCUCCCCAAGACCUCAGUGGUCCUCCGCUGCCCCACGCGGAGGUUCCGCAAGCCCCUCAUCACCUGGGAGAAGGACGGGCAGCACCUCAUCAGCUCGGCGCACGUCACCGUGGCCCCCUUCGGCUACCUGAAGAUCCACCGCCUGAAGCCCUCGGACGCGGGCACCUACACCUGCUCCGCGGGGCCGGCCCGGGAGCAGUUCGUCCUCAAGCUGGUGGGGGGCAACCGGAAGCUGGUGGCCCGGCCUCUGAGCCCGAGGAGCGAGGAGGAGGCCCUGGCGGGGAGGAAGGCAAGUGCCCACGAGGCCCUGCGGACCCACAGACCCCAGAAGGGCAUCCUCGCCCACGGCAGCAAGGGGGAGAAGCGGGGCCUGGCCGCCGACGCCGGGAGCCCGUACGACGAGCUGGUGGCGCGGCUGCUGGAGCAGGGCGGCUGGCCCGGGGAGCUGCUGGCCUCCUGGGAGGGCCCGGACUCGGCCGAGAGGAACGUGUCGUCGGAGGAGGAGGAGGACGGCAAUGCGGAGCCGGGACCCCUGCCGCUGCCCGUCACCGUGGCACUGGAGCAGGCCCGCCUGGACCGCCUGCUCCGGAACCUCUCCCUGCAGCCCGAGGAGCUGCGCGACGUCGCCAGCAAGCACCUGGUGGCCCAGCUGGCCCAGGAGGUCUUCCGCAGCCUGCUGGAGCAUCGCGACCCGCGCCUCAAGCCCUCGGAGCGGGCGGCCCCCGCCGUGGCCGUCCACCCGCACAAGCACGUGUCCGGCUUCAGCAGCUCGCUCCGCUCCGCCACCUCCGGGGAGGCUGGGGGCGGCUCGCGCCGGGCGCCCCGCAAGCCCACCAUCCUGCGCAAGAUCUCCGCCGCGCAGCAGCUCUCGGCCUCCGAGGUGGUCACGCAUCUGGGACAGACAGUGGCCCUGGCCAGCGGGACGCUCAGCGUCCUUCUGCACUGUGAGGCCGUCGGCAGCCCGAGGCCGACCAUCAGCUGGGCCCGGAACGGAGAAUCGGUGCAGUUCAGCAGCAGGAUUCUCCUCCAGCCAGAUGACUCCUUGCAGAUCUUGGCCCCGGUGGAAGCCGACGUGGGCUUCUACACUUGCAAUGCCACCAACGCCCUGGGCUACGACUCCGUCUCCAUUGCCGUCACACUAGCAGGGAAGCCACUCAUAAAAGCCUCCCGCGUGACCGUGAUCAACACGGAGGAGCCUGCAGUCACAGUUGAUAUCGGAAGCACCGUCAAGACAGUGCAGGGAGUCAACGUGACCAUUCACUGCCAAGUGGCAGGUGUACCUGAAGCUGAAGUCACUUGGUUCAAGAACAAAAGCAAACUGGCUUCCCCUCACCAUCUGCACGAAGGCUCCUUGCUCCUCAUGAACGUAUCCUCCUCAGACCAAGGCCUGUACUCUUGCAGGGCGGCCAAUCUGCACGGGGAGCUGACCGAGAGUACCCAGCUGCUGCUCCUGGAGCCUCCCCGAGUCCCCACGCAGUUGGAAGACAUCAGAGCCUUGCUUUCAGCCACCGGACCGAACCUUCCCUCGGUGCUGACAGCUCCUCUGGGAACACGGCUGGUCCUGGAUCCUGGGAAUUCUGCUCUCCUUGGCUGCCCCAUCCAAGGUCACCCCACCCCCAACAUCACCUGGUUCCACGAGGGCCAACCAAUUGCCACCCUCGGGCUGACCUAUAGUAUCUUGGCAGCAGGACAGAUUCUUCAGGUUGCAAAUCUCAGUGGCGGGUCUCAAGGGGAAUUCCGCUGCCUGGCUCAGAAUGAGGCUGGGGUGCUGGUGCAGAAGGCUUCUCUGGUGAUCCAAGACUACUGGUGGUCUCUGGACAGACUGGCAACCUGCUCAGCCUCCUGUGGGCACCGAGGUGUCCAGCAGCCCCGUCUGAGGUGCCUCCGGAACAGCACCGAGGUCAGCCCCGAGCACUGUGAAGGGAAGGUGCGUCCCGCGGUGCAGCCCGUCGCCUGCAACCGGAGAGACUGCCCUUCUCGGCCUUUCACACGCUCUGUAAGCGGCCACUGUGCGUUGCCAAGCUGAGUCGUAAGAUGCAGCGGAACCCAGGAGAGACUCACUGAAACAUGAAACACACUCAUUACUAUCGACAGCUUUGACUUGCUGACGGGAAGGUUUCCACGGGCGUGAUUAAUGUCCUUUUAUACCCUUUCUGAACUGUAACAACAUGGCCCCUGCCUCUCCUCUCCCAAGGCCCCGCCCAGCUCCUAGAAAAGUGGCUGAACUGUAUACUUGGAAA